AAAAAAAUUCACACUGUAUUUCUCUUAUAAAAAAAUAAAAAAAAAUGUUUUUAUUAUUUUUCCUAUUUUUUUCUACAAACAUCUCAGAAAAAUUGGGCUUCUUAGACUUGCCUGGCUUGGUUUUCCAGUGGGCUAUUUCCCAAUUAGAACCCAACCCGUUAACAACAUUUCACCUAUCACCGGAAAACCGCCAAAAAGAACUUCCCGGUUUCAUGAAACACUUCCGUACACUAGGAAACUUCAAAAGCCUGAAGAAAAUGCCGGAAGUGACCUUCCCCCGCCGUGUCCUUCUCUUCCAAUCUUUACUCUGCAUCUCCAACCGCUGUAUAUUCCAAUCACACUACUUCACCACCACCACCAUCACACAAACUAAAUCAUCAACAAAAGACCAAACCAGUAAAAACAAUACCAAAAACACAGGCAAGUUUUUUACUUUGCCUCCUUACACUUCAACAAUUAGUGGGUCCGCUUUAGGAAAAGCUCUAUCAGCAACUGCAACAGCUAAAGCAUCUACCGAAACGACGGCGCUUAAAUGGGUACUUAGGUGCUGCCCUGAACUACCCAGAAAUCUUGUACAAAAACUAUUUCGCUUAAGGCAGGUUAAAAGAGAGUUGCUUAAUGUAGGUGAUGGAGAAAUGGAGCAUAAGACUAAAAGGGUGGCAGCUAAGGAUCUGAUGAAUGUAGGAGAUAGGAUCUUCCUUCCUAUUAGUGUUCAGGCAUUGCCCUUUGAGAAACAAAAGUGCCAUUGCGGUGAAAAAGAAGCGAACUUUAUUCGCGGACUUGAGUUGUAUAAGGAUGAGGCCAUUAUUGUUGUUAAUAAACCUCCUGGAAUGCCAGUUCAGGGUGGUAUUGGUAUCAAAAGUAGUUUUGAUGAACUGGCUGCAAGUUGUUUAAGUUAUGACUACUCAGAACCUCCUAGGCUGGUUCAUAGACUUGACAGAGAUAGCAGUGGCAUCUUGGUGAUGGGAAGGACACAAACAAGCACAAUGGUUCUGCAUUCUGUCUUCCGAGAGAAAACUUUUGCAGCAUCAAAUCAUGAUAUUGGAGAAAGAAGAAGAAUUUUGCAAAGAAAAUAUUGGGCACUUGUCAUUGGAUCUCCAAGACGUCAAAAGGGGAUAAUUUCAGCACCACUGGGAAAGGUGGUGGUGGAUGAUGGUAAAUCUGAUCGAAUAACAGUGGUUGAGAAUGCGGAGAGCACAUCUUUUCAGCAUGCAGUAACACAGUAUAGAGUAAUGGAAUCAUCUCAUGGCUACGCAUGGUUAGAAUUGUCGCCUAUCACCGGUAGAAAACAUCAGCUGCGUGUACACUGUGCUGAAGUAUUGGGGACGCCAAUAGUUGGGGAUUACAAAUAUGGGUGGCAAGUUCACAGGAAGUGGAAACAGUUGCCUUUUCCUAAUCUUGAGAAAAUCUCAAAUGAGAAUGCGCUCUGUAAAAAGAUACUUCCUUUUGGUAUUGAUCUCGAAAGUGGUAGCAUCUCCGAAAAGCACCCUCGUCUACAUCUUCACUGUAAGCAAAUGGUUUUGCCUGAUGUAUCUCAAGCUCUGCGAGGUGUGCAAACAUCAUCAAACUAUGAUUUUUCAGAUCUGAAAAGCAUUGAAUUGGAUGCUCCCUUGCCUUCCUACAUGCAAAGAAGCUGGGAUAUUUUGAAUUCCUGAACUAGUUAUCUUGCAAGCUUUGGAGAUUUCAAAUCUUUCACGAUAGAUAAAUGCUUAGGCAACACAAUGAAAUGAGUAGGGUAAUUUCCCUAGCUAUCUUCUUAAUUAAUUGUUGAACCUGGCACCCUUGGUUUAGGGUUCUCCUAACAGCCCUCUAAGCACUCGAGGUCAGUUGCAAGAGCUGAGAGAUUAACAUCAGGACUCAAAUUUCCCUUGUGACUUCUGAAAGCAGAUAUUGACGUGAAUGGAACGAAGAAACUAGAAUAAUUAGCAAGUUCUGAAAAGAAUUUAAAUGUUAUGGCAUUAACAUUACAUCCACGGGUUACAUUCUUUCUCAGAAAGAGUCUGGAAUAGUACAGAGAUUUCACGAGGGGUAUCAGACAACCAAGUAGCCCUUUGAGAUCACGGUGAAGAAGGCGCAAAAAACCUUUUGUAUUGCAUACAGUUAUGCAUUCAGGAAAUUCUGCUAUUGGAGUGUUAAUUGGUUCGCCUUCCUCAGAAUAUGCAUUACUAGAGCGAGGUUGUAUUUGUUUAAUUAUUUCAAAUUUCAGCAUGAGUUUGGCAAGCGUAUCUUGAUUCCACUUUUUUAGCAAGUCUGUUAUUGUCCAUUUGAGAAGUUUCAUUGAUUUGAUUAAGCAUACCA